AUGAGAGAAUCAGUUAUGUUGAAGGUCAAAAAUAUGGAUCUAAAAAAGGUAGAUCUUUUUACUUCAGUGAACUUUAGUAGUACCUAUGAUGGAUUGUCCACAAACCGCAGCAUAUUUUUUGUCACUUUUAUUUAUGUAUUACUUUAUUUAUCGUUGUUUUUGUUUUUGUUGUUGUUGUUGUUGCUGUUCUAAAUGUUUGUAAUUGGUAUUACGAGAAUAACACCACUAAAAGUUGUAGUCUUAAGAGAAAUGGUGAGGAAUAAUGGAUCAAAUUGCCAGCUCGUAAAUAUGUCCCCAUCUGUAAAAGGAACUGUGGGUACAGUCGACUCCCCAUACCUCGAACCUUCAAGGGAAAUCGAAAAAAGUUCGAGUUAUCGGGAACUCGAAGAAAAUAGCCGGGAGUAAGGAAAAAAAACAGUUUUUACUGCACACUGAACAUUUUAGUCACGGUUAAUUGUGGAAAUUGAGAGAUACUUCUAGAUUACAAAUCAGAACGUAACGUCACAAAAUGUUGCCAAAAUAGAGCAUGCGUUUUACUGUUUUGAGAGGUAAAGCUGUUUCACGUUAGAUUUGUGACAAACAACAUCAGCUUCCACUAGUUAACUAUAUGCCUACAACACGUCAAUGGAAAAUUCAAAAUUCGAUGUUUCGGACGCCAGUAGACUGUUUUUUCCCGACUUUUUAUGGACUGAAAACAUGGUUCGAAUUGUCGUGGGUAAAAUUAGGUAGAAAUGAUCAGAGGGGAAACAAAAACUACUUCGAGUUAGCGGGAGGUUCGAGUUACCGAAGGUAAAAUUACAGUAAAUGUAUGACGGAAAUCCAGGGGAAAUCUAUUUUGGUUCGAGUUAGCGCGAGGUUCGAUUUAGCAAGGGUUCGAGUUAUCAGGAGUCAACUGUAUUUGUAGGUAACAAAAUAACAGGGAAAGCAUUUAAGCUUCAAAAAGAGAUACCUAAGCUGCUUUGCGGAUGGUUAGAAGGAUCAGGUAAGACAAAUGUACGGUACCCUAUGCCAUUCUGGUUAUUAGCUGAGCUCCACCUGUUUUUUUUAUUAUCAUUAUUUUUUUUAUCAUUAUUUUUUUUUUCAUGGUAUUUAUCAGUAUACCAUCAUUAUUAUCAUGAUCAUCUUUAUUAUUAUUAUUAUUAUUAUUAUUAUUAUUAUUAUUAUUAUUAUUAUUAUUUGGCUGGGCGGCAAACCGUAACCAGCCGCAGCAUCGACUAAAAUUUGUGGUAACAAUUACACGAUAAUUUGCAAAAAAAAAUGGGUAAAAAUGAUUUGAUAAAAGCGUCAUAUAAAAUAAAUAAAUAAAUAAAUAAAUCCUACAAGCUUUAUGGACGUCUUCAUUACAAAAUAAAAAUGUUCAUAACUUAAAAAACAUCGUUUAUAUAAUUAUGGCAACGUCUAAGGUAUAUGUAAAUGUACAAGAUUAAGUAUCUGUUAAAAUAGGUGUCCAAAAUUCCUAUAGAUAUCUAAGCGCUCAGCUCGAACAUUCUAGGAAUGUGUAAUGAACUAGACAGAAUUUCCUUUUGCAUUUGGCGCAUAAUUCAUUUACACUUGUCUCCCACAAGCUCUUUUAUAUUUUGCUCAACCUCUUUCGAACAGCCCCCAAGGACAUCCAUGAUGAUGUUAUACUGAUUGACCUUGUACUCAGGAUAUCGGUUCGCCAUAACAUUAUUAUUAUUAUUAUUAUUACUAUUAUUAUUAUUUAGAUUUUAAUCCACGGUAGAAAUUAGUGUGAACUGCAUGCUUUCUAUUGAAUGAUCAGGAGCCUAUGAAAUGAAGUGACUUGUAAAUAGUGCUUUGACUGAAUAUAUGUAUAUACAUUUUUUCUUCUUUAGCGAAAUUAAUGUAAAUAGGUUUUAACAGGUAGUUUUACUAUUAUUAUUAAUAUUAUUAUUAUCAUUAUUAUUAUUACUAUUAUUAUUGUUACUAUUAUUAUUAAUUUGGCUUGUUUUGAACAGUUGAAAGAAACUUUUGAAUUUUAGAGGCUGACAGUUUUUUUUUUUAUUGAAAUGAAAUGUUUUUAAUUCGAGUAAAUUUUUCUUAGUUAAAUUAACUCUUUCUAAGCUAAAUUAAGUUCUUUUUAAGUCGCCAGGAAUUGUAAAUAGUGUUUUGAAUGAAUAGUUUUUUCGUUUUUUUAAGCGAAUUAAUUGUAAUUAGGAUUUUAAUAGUUAGCAUUGUUGUCAAUAAUUUUUUUUCAUUUAAAAAAAAAUAUAUUAUUAUUAUUAUUAUUAUUAUUAUUAUUUAGCUGUGUUUUUGUUCAUUUGCCGUUGUUUGGCUUUUUGCUGAUGCUCAAGUGUUUUUCUUUUGGUUGUUUACUUGUUUGGUUUUCUUUUCCUUUUUUGAUUUAUCAGUGGGGCCAAAACAUGGAAUACUCUUUCAAAAAAAAAGUUGCAGCAGCAGCGACGGAAUAUUGUGCACGUGCUCAAGUCCAGUGUUACCCGAACCAGUCAAGGUGAAAAAACUUACUAGAAAACAUCGCAUUUUAAAUAAUUCGAUUUGUAACAGAUUUAAUUUAAGGCACCCACACAACGCUUCGGGAGUAAAGGGAUCGUUAUUCUUACUGCAUACUGUAUACUGUACAUGCACACAUUUAGCUUGUUAGGUGGGCAAGAGUUCACUUCUUUAAAUCCCUUGUGGCGGGCCUUAGAGCUCGAGUGUAUGAUGUGGCCCUCUCUCCUCUUUUUUUUUUUUUUUUUUUUUAAAUUUUAACUACGGUUUCAAUCGCCUGGGAAAAAUUUGAAAAGUCGCUAUCCUUUAAUACUACUAAUGAAAUAAAUUUGUAACGAUUAAAUUACCAAAGUAGGGUCUUAGUUAUGAUGAUGGAGAAAACCACGUCCAUGCUUCCAUCUCCAUCGACUACUUUCCCCUCGAUCGACGUUGUUGCAGUUUGGCUGUUUUAUUUUCUGAUACUUGAGUAUCAGUUUUUUUAUUUGUUUUGUUUUGUUUUGUUUUGUUUCUCCUUUUUUUUUUUUUUUUUUUUUUUUUUUCUCAAACCUAAAACGUACAGGGCUGAUCAAUUUUAAAAAGUCGUUUUGGAACUUCAUUAUCAUCAUCAUCAUCAUUAUUUUGGCCAAUUUUUUAAUUUUUUUUUUUCAAUGAACUUACCUUUAUAUUGUUUUGUUUUCAUUUUCUUAUUAGUUACAUCUAUUAUUUCUUUAUUUUUUUAGACAAAAGCGUUCGGCUAAAAACGUGACAUUUACGGCUGACAUGGUUCACAUUCUUCCUGGUUAUCCCAAACAGUCACAUGAUUCCCCCGGGGUAGUCCUACUGGCUUUCUACCUGAGUCUUCCACAAGGAACUUCGGAAAGCAGUGUCGUCUCUGGGAGUAUAUUACAUGAUAUCGUGAUGGACCAUAAAGAGAACAUUCAAACAUCUUUUGGAGGUGAAAUCUCAAGUGUCGAUCCUUUUCCAUCUGCCACAGAGGUACUGAAAAACGAGGAAAGCGACGAGGGAAACGGCGGAAAGUCAAAACCAACCAACGUUAUUAUCGGCGCUUCGGUGGGCGGUGGAUUGCUGUUAAUCAUUAUUGCCGCCGUUCUGAUCGGAUGCAAAAAGAGUGACAGGUAUUUCUAAUUAGAGGAAAAAAAUAGCUUUGGUGCGUGUUCUUCGUGUUUCUACUAACACGCGCCAAGGCUGAUUAUGUAUUUUUGUCGUCUUCUUUUAGGGAAUUAGGCGGUCUUGAAAUAAUAUUUUUAAUUAAUACAAUCCAACUAGUGGUCUAUUAUCAAUGCUGCGUUCUGAUUCGUUAAGCUACUACUAGGCUAUAUGUUAUAGCCCACUAGUAGCGAAAAGCGCCGGCUUUUUGGCGGCAAAAAAGGAUUAAAGUCUAGCUUUAAGUAGCUGAGUCUUUUUUUUUUAUUCUCGAUAUUUUUGACCAACUAGUUGGAUUUUACCAAAACAAUUAUUCCUCUCGCCCUCAUGGCCUCUGAGUCAAUAGCCCAUUCGGCCUUCGGGCUCAGGGGCUAUUGACUCAGAGCCAAUUCGGACUCGAGGAAUAAUUGUUAAUUAUGUAUUGUUUAUUACAUUACCAUUCUCCCAGGUUUAGUAAGUGUGUGGCCAAUCAAGAAGACUUAGAGGAAACACCACUCACAUUAAUGCUGGAAAUGGAGGAUAUAGGUGAGGAUGUCAGUUCGUCUCCAGCUAAGAUUCAGCAUGAGACAAAUAGAGCUGUUAACCCGAUCCAUGAUAAACCAGCAUCCCGUCUGUAUCAUUCAUUGCCUGGGGAACCGUCUGGCGUAGCGCUAGCGAAAAAGACCGGAAGUGAGAUGAACCCAAGUAAAUCAGGACUAAUUUAACGGUAAGCAACUUGAAAGUACAACCAGAGGACGAGAAACAAAAUGCUGCUGCCAACUCAUCAGCCGACACUAGUAAUGAGGAACAGGAGGCCCAACCGAGACUACUUGCCCGAGGUACCGAACCCAAAGGAGAAUACAUCUUGUUCAACUUUUGCAGUACAGUUUGUUUAGCUAAAAAAUAAAUAAAUAACUAAAAAAAUAAUAAUAAAUAACAAAAAAGUACCUGGCUUUUUUUCCCAGCAUAGUUUUUUUUAAUAGCUUAUAGCAAAACCAUCCAAAAUUUGUUUCCGUAGAACAAGUUGGUGUCUUUUCUAGUUCAAGUACAGUCGUGGCACGUUGAAAAAGCAUAUCAAAGCUUUAAUUCCUCUCAGUCUUCAGCAAAAGUAAUUCACCUAGUAUCUGGCUAUUAGAUCCUGUAAUAAUAAUUUUUGUAUUGUAGUGUAAGAAGCCCUUUUUGUGGGCCUUUUUCUGUUUUAAUCUGCGCCCAGACUGCUGGCAUGCAUUUGAC